AUGGAGUCCCUGGUCGACGCUCUUGGCAACGCCUACGACGAGUUCGUCGCGGCGGCGGCGGGGGUUCUCGAGGCGAAGGAGUCGUCGGGGGGGCAGAAGAACGCCGCCACAGAUGCCGCCCUGGAGAACUUCAAGCAGAAGUGGGAACUAUUCAGGGUGGCCUGCGACCACGCGGAGGAGUUCGUGGAGUCCGCAAAGCAGCGGAUCGGAUCGGAGUGCCUUGUCGACGAGGCCACCGGCGUGGCGGCGGCGGCGGCCGUCUCGGGGAGGCAGGUCCAGGACGCCGGCAAUGGCCUCCCGCCGAUCAGCGCCGUCCGGUUGGAGCAGAUGAGUAAGGCCGUGAGGUGGCUCGUAAUCGAGCUCCAGCAUGGCUCGGGCACCGCCGGCGCGCCCCAUCCUCACUCUUCCCCUCCUUUCGACUCCAGAUUCUCCGAGGAUUCUGCUCAGUGA